AUGCUCUUUGGGUGAGUGUCUCCUCUUUAUUCAUUCCAACUGCUUAUAAACAAUGAAGUAUGCUAGGUGAGUGGAAAAAAGAGAAAAACGCCACAAAAACAGACAAUUUGCAACUUUUAGGGGGACUACGGUAAUUGCUUUCACUGCACAUUCCAUUUAUUAUUCAUACUUCAAUUUGACCAGGAGAAUACAUAGACCAGUAUAGAAACAAAUGACACACGUGCACACACGAAAAAAGGAAUUUAUUCCACCCUCACUUUUGUUGCCAUUCCAAUCACUUUUUGUGUUUAUUUUCUGGAAGUAAAUUUUUUUAGCGGAGCACGUUACAUAGUUCUGACACCAUGCAGUUUUCAGUUCUGAGAACAACUUCUAACUCGUCCUUUCCAAAAAGAAAAAAUGCUUCCCCUUGCACAAAAAGGGAAAAGAAGAUGAACUACUCCAUUCCGUUUAAACCAACUCAAAAAGUAUUGCAUUUUUCUUCUCUCCCAAAGAAUCGAAAAUUCUAUUGCCCUUCCCUUCCUUUCCUCCUCUUCCAAGAAAAGUGGGGGAGAACAGAACAAGUUGGACCGAAAAUUUUACUCCAGGGAGGAACUUUCUUCGCGAAUUUCAUGUAUUCCCCGUUUUUGCAUAUUUUCGCCUUUUUUCUAUUUCAUUCUAUUCAUCAUAACGGGAGGUUUUCUUUGUCAUAUUCAAGAAGUAUGAAAGGAAUGAAUAGAACGGGACGGGGUCCGUUUUCGUCUCAUCAACACGGAUUUUCUGCAUCUGGACGUCUACCCGACUCUUUUUUCAAUUGUUUACGUGUUCUUCAGUCUCCUUUCAUUUGCUUUUACGUACCGACGUCGUCAUCGUUUGUUAAGUUGGUUACAUCAGGUUCUAUUUCCACUUCUCCCCUCAUCGUUUCUUUUUUCUGCUACUCAAUUUCGGCUACUAGUUGUUUCGGCCCACGUGCCUUUUUUCCGUAUACUGUUUCACUAUGUCUCUUUGGAUCCAUAGCACGUACUGAAAUCUCAAAACUUUAGGUUUUGUUAAGAAAAUAGGACACUGUAGAUUGGCGAUUAAUCCGUUUUUCCGAGUAGAAAAUCUGAAAAGUCGCUCAUUUUUUCGAACUUUUCAAACCCGGGAAAGAAAAUUUGGAAUUUUGAACCGUCCAGCUGAAAAAUUUGCUUAUCGAUUCGAUCCUGUCCUUGCAAUUUUUCUUCUGUAAACCUCAUCACUCUCCCUGUUUUUUGAGCGUUUGCACUAAUACCAAGUUGCUUACCCAAAACACAACUAAAUCGCCCGCCACCCGAAAAAGAGGAGAAAAAGGGACUCUUUGUCAAUAAGUGGGUCCCCAGUCACUAUUUGUCAGCCGCGACACCACCACACCAAAUUCAUUUCUCUUCUUCUUUUCGCCUCGCGCAAAACUUCAAAGUUCAUAUAUAAAUCUGAGCGAGCAACUCGAUGGCGCCUGUCUGAUUUGUUAUUUUUCGCGAUCACGGAGGCAAAACAUGUGUUUUGACAGCGCUCAGUUGUUACUCCGGAACCAGCCGCCGCCUCUCGGUGGGAUGAAAAUAUCCGAUUGGAUUUUCAUGACAGACUACAUAGAAAGUCGUUAAGUGCACUUCAUUUCAUACCUGCUCAUUUUUAUCGCAUCAAGCUGAGCACAUUUAUUGCUGUCAAGUCGUCAUGAUCUUUGCAAAAAACGUCUUGUUAAACUGAAACUGAAACUGGCAUAUCCCACUAAUUCUCAUCAAAAAUGAGUGGACCGCUCGAUCAUAAUUUCAUGCCGGCUCCUUCCGUUCACGUCAUCAUCCUCUUUUUGAGCAGUGGUUAGUUCCGGAGCAAGGCGGUGCUCCGAGUGACAAGAACACUUCUCUUCUGUUCUUGUCGUUGUAAAGAAGCUCCACAUGUUUCUGAACAUUUUCAUUCAAUUUCAUCCACUUUUUCAUCAAGACAACGUGUCUCGCAUCCGCUUGACAUCAUUGCCGAUGUUCCGUCUUCUCAAUAUAUUCUGUAUCAUUGACGUCAGUCUUCGUUUCAUUCGCUUUUAGUUCUAUCGGAUGCUCACAUCUUUUUCUAGACGACUACGGUAGAGAAUGUACUUUUAAAACUCAUUCCACAUUCUUUUUUGCUUUUCGUCCUGUUCCACAUGUUUUCUGUUUUUCUGUUAUACUGGCAUGUGAAUAAGAAAUCAGAGGUCAAAAGUCGGAAAUCUUUACCCAAUGAUCCUGUGAGUCUGUACUGACAUCAUCGUGAGAAAAUCACGUAUCUUUUCCGGAGCAUUUUUGCAGAAUUUCACGCAUACAAGGUGAAAAGUGUAAAGCUCUUUUUUGCCUUCUUUUCAACCAUCAAAAUCAGAUUCUCGAAUCUAACGGAGCCCAACAACAAGAGAGCGAGACGAGCCAUAUGUAAAUAAGAGUUGAAUUCAGUGCGUGUGUGUGUGUGUGUGAACUAAUUCAACACACACACACGCACUAAUUCAUCUCAUCUUUCAGCUCGUAAUUCUAUGCUCUCCCCCUCCUCCCUCAUGUAUUCUGAUCUAACAACAUCUCAUUUUCCAGAAACUUUGACUCGAAUUGGUCUAGACGCUCAUUGAGACUGGGAUUCAGAUUCUUUUUCUCUUUCUUUGUGUGAUUUCUUUUAUUUCCAGACUUGACAAAGACGUUUUUCAGUACUAAAAGUAAGAUCCAGGCCGGCGACGGCAAGUCUGAUUUUUUCUCUUUUCCUCCUUCUCAAGCACCAAAUCGGAUUAGAUGAUCGAAUGUUUCUCCAUUAUACCUACUAUUUUCCUGUUUUUUUCCCUCCUGAUCUAAUUGCAUCGGGCACACCGAAUUCAAUCUACUGUGUCCUUCGUCUUUGCAGCCCCCGGCUUCUUGGCUCUCGGAUGUUUUUUUUUUCUGUCUUAGGCUCGCCUCCUUAGCCCCUUUGGUUGUUUUUGGUUUCCAAUCCGCGAGUCGGAAGUCAAAAGGCUUUGAGCUGCUAGCUUGGGAGCUCGAGCUCUAUUUCCAUUCCUUUCUCCGAUUCUGAACCAAUUAUGGCGUUGGAAGAAAAAAGGAAAAUCUCGGGAUUAGAGGAAUGAAGAAGAAAGUGGCGGGUGCCAAUCGAAAUAAAAUCCGCUUCUCUUCUCACUACUCACUUUAUAUUCAUGACUCUGCCGACAAAACCGAGGCGUUUACUGGCCGGGAGCACUCACCCCACCGCAAAUCCGUCUUAAAUGCACUCCUAAUUUUUUUCGGCUCUCCUUCCCAUUUUUUGCGCUCUGCUUCUCAGGAGGCACACCAGAAUCCAUUCUUCUUUCGUGCUCGUGCUCGUGCUCCCAGUGAGAAGAAGAAGAAGAAGAAGAAGAAGGAGCAUUCCAUUCGCCCUUUUGCCACCCCACCCCCCCCGGUCGGAGCCGACACCGCGAUGACUGCGAUUUCAUACACGAAAUCAAAGACUAGCAUUGAUUCCGAGAGCAGGUAAAUGUAUGUGGGAAUUCGGUAACUGAAUCCGUGUCAGGAGGGCUGUCAGUUUGAGAACUCACGAGGAAACUUCCUACGGUAGCCGACCCGUUAGCUCAAUGAUCAGGUGUUCCGGAAGAGUCACAAUCUAAUCAGCUCUAAUUGCUUUUUUCUUCUUCUUCUUCUCCAUCUCUUUCUUUUUCUUUCCUCUAGUUUUUGCUUCUCUUGCCUUCUCUUUUUUUCUUCCCCCACUGCUCAGUAAUUACUCAUUUGCACUGGUCAAUGCAAUUACCACAAAAGCGGGAAGUUCCUUCAACUGAAUGACUAAGCGAUUCGGUCAAUUAGGCACCAACGGGAGCAUGAAACAUUGCAGUUGGUCAAGGAUCUUAAGAUCAUUUGAAUAGAUUCUUAUUGAGUGCCAGAAUUGAGGGUUCCAUCGGAGCUGGGUUUUUUGUAAGCCUACCAAGGCCUGUACUUUUGACUGACUUGCAGUAUAGAAAAAAACUUUUCUUUAUGAACUUGGAUAAAAGUAAAUUGGGUUCACGUUUCAGAGCGAUAAAAUAAACUUGUUCGGAGGUAAAGCUUGGAUAUACUUCAAGAUUGCCAAGUUGUGCCAAAGGUCCAGGUCUCAACAGGCCUUCCAAAAGCCAGGACCUGAGUUCCAAUACUUCGUUAUUCAAGUUUAUUACACAUCAUCAUCAUGAUCAUUCCCGUGGAUAUAAAUUUCCACAUGUGUCCGACGCCCCUCUUCCCAGAACCUAUUUCUCCUCUUUUCCCUAUCAAUCACUCGGAGCACCAAAUAACGGCGGCGCGAGUCUCAAAUUUCACACAUGCGUUCUCGGGGGUGAAGGAGGAUAACAAGUCAGGCGUGCGUGGCUGGCUAACUUUCAUUUUCAUUCCAUUUCAUCAAAGGUGACGGACAGACUGGGAGUCCUGCGCGUGGGUGCAAGAGAAAUGAAUAUUUUUCCACUUCUGUCUCAAACUGAUCUCUAUCCUUUUCUAGCUUUCACUUUCACUUCAACUUUCAAAGCCACACAUAAAAUAUAUGUAAAAAAAAGCGCUCGCGAAUGCUCUUCAUUCACUUCAUUAGGUCUCUUCUGGAGCUGAUCGUUAAACACUGGCGCAUAUGUGUCCCUUCUUCAUAUUAUUUCGAGCCCUUACCACAUUCCAAUUCCACCCUCUCGCUCGAUGUCUAAUUUUUUUCAAAUUUAUACGCUCACCAUACUUAUCGUGUAUCCUUUUUCAAAGAUCAAUCUGAUUGUGGUAAACACAAUCGGCACUUGUCGUAAAACAAAAUGAAAUUGAAUUCUUAAUGAGAAAAAUCGGAAUAAAAUGAGCCUUAGGACAAACAGAACAAGUAAAAUCUUCUACUUUCCUUUUGCCGUAACUCUACUUUCCCUACUAAUAUAGGUAAUCUGUGAAAUGAGGUCUACAUUCUGUUAUACAUGCAAACUCAUCUUCUGGUUAGUUUCUUAUCUUCUUCUCCUCUUCUUACACUCGAAAUGCUCAGUCAUACUCCCUUGAAACAUUAUUCAGAGCUACACAAGUUGGUGUUAGAUGAAUCUAUUCACAAAUUAGAAAACAUUUGAAGAUAUAAACGAAUGAGGAUUUCAGUGAAUGUCAGUCAAUGCCCUGCGUGCCUAAACCCCAACAACGGUCGCCGAAUGCUUCCUUCAACCCGGCUCACGCCCAAUACGCGUGCUGCUUCCAGCAAUUGCACUCGAAUGUAAGUUCGUCACCCUAAUACAGGAAGUAUGGCCGGCAAGUUCCUUAAAAAUUCCCCGAAAAUACGCAUGACAGAAAAAAGAAGAAAUACCGAGUACACGAACGAGUUCUUCUUGAAUAAUUCCUAAUUGCAUGCCCGAUUGUUUUUGUGUGUGGAUGUGUGAGGAGAAGCGGAGGAGCUCCUGAAAAAAGACAACAAAUUAGGCUACCUCGCAUCUUUUCUUACUUCUUCUUCUUCUUCUUCUUCUUCUUCAUUCGGAGCUCAUUCCUUUUAAUUCUCAUUCUUGAUGGCAUCUACCGCCCGAUUUCAGACGGGUGCCACCCUCAUCGCCAUCUUUCACAUUCUGCUGUGCAGCGGCAUUUUCACGUGGCUCGUGAAGUGCAUCGGAACGGAAAAGUCGAGAAUCGAGUUGGCCGCCGAGAUUUUUCUCGCCGCGUUAUGCCUCGUCGCCGCCAUUAUUCUACUGUUCGGGCUCAAACUCGAGAGCCGCAAACUGCUCACCGGUUAUGUUCUUGCUCAGGUGAGGGUUUCAGAAGAGUAUAGUUUUGAUCCACUUUUGACAAGGAAGCGACGCCUUGUUAUGUGAGGGGUUUCCUGCUUCACCCGAGGUCAUAGCACAAUAUUUAUUUUCAGUGCCUCCUCAUUGGCCUUCUGUUUGUCCUUUUCCUUGCCUUAAUCAUGGGCAUUAAGCCCGGAAUUCUCGACGAUCCGGACCAAAACGGAUACAAUUCUCUAGGUACCCCAAUCAUCAAAACUUUCUCGGAAAUCUGCAAAAUUAACAUUUUCCAGAAGAAGAGCUGCUGAUUGUGCUCGAAAUCUUCAUCUCGCUCGCCGUGGUCAUAAUCGAAGUCUGGUUUCUGACGAUAGUUUUGAAAUCCUACUCGUUUUUCACGGACAAGUACAACUACACCGGAGGCGAUCGUGAAGACAACGUCUAA